AUGUCAAGUUCACCGGACAUUGCUUAUGUUAUUCUGGCCGCACAGAAGUUCUCUAGCAUAAGUGCUUAUGUGAACUUUUGCUUUGGUCUGAUUGGAAAUUUGCUCCUUAUUCUUAUUUUCAUGAAUUUAAAGAUUUUCCAUGGAAAUCGGUGUGCGUUUUAUUUGAUUGCUGAGUGUCUCGUUGAUCUUGCCCAACUGAGUCAACAGUUUGCUAAUGAAAUCUGGACAUUAUCGCUCAAUGGGGCCGAUCCAACAAAAAACUCGCUUAUAUGGUGUAAACUAAGAACGAUUAUGCCGCAAUGGUGUCGUCUCAUGCUCGCUUCAAUUGUCUGUUACGCAGCUAUCGAUCAGUUUUUUUCCACUCACUAUCAUCGGCGUUUUCGACAAUAUAGUUCACUGGAAAUGGCGAAGUUCCAAAUCGGUCUUGCUGGGUGUCUAUGUCUUGCACAUACGAUUCCUGCUGGUGUGUUUCUAAAUAUCGAUCCUGUCUUUGGUUGUGUGAUAUCUAGUCAGGCAUUAGUCAAUUACUAUUCGUACGCCUUUUAUCCAUUUCUCAGUGGUGUCAUUCCGACUCUAAUCUCAUCUGUGUUCAGUCUUCUAGCUUAUCGAAACGUUCGUCGUAUAAUUCGACGUCAGAUUCCUCUCGAGCGUCGAAGACUCGAUCAACAAUUGACGGCUAUGAUAUUCGUUCGGGUGAUCUUUUUUAUCUGGUCACAAUUGCCAUUUACAGUCUAUCGUAUUUUUUCUAUUCGUUGGGUUAUGCCUCCCGGAAACACAGUCGCGUAUGCCGUCACUCGCUGGGCCCAAGUCAUUUCUACAGCACUUGCCUACACCAGCUAUGCAGCGAACUUUUAUAUUUUUUAUGCAACAUCGAUUCGAUAUCGCCGGCAAGUAAAAUAUUUUUUUACAAAGCGAUGUGCGCUUGUAUUGAGACGAUGCUGUGGGUGGCAUCCAAAUGUAGUGCAACCGUUGGAAAUAUUGUCCGGUGAAUCUGGUAGUGAACUGAAAUGA